CAGCCUUUAUUGCAGGGGAUUAUAGAAAAAAAAAGGCUUUUUUUUUUUUUUUUUUUUUGCACAAUCAGAACCUGUUUUUGACAGUAACCCAAUCUCAUGAAUGCUGCACGACCGUGAGCAUCCAAGUUGCAUUUUUUUAUUUUUUUCCUCCUCUCACCCAAACUUGAUUGUGUCUGAGAAAUCAAUUCAGCAGACGUCACUCAUCUGCAUAGGGAGUAAAAUGCAAGCAUCCUGCGAGGCGUCUCGCUCCCUUCAAACGCCGCGCAUCUCCUCCGCACAAAACAGGAUUCUCUUAUAGCUCCAUGUCUGAAACUACAAAGAUGGAAGGAGUAGGAUGUUAUUAGCAUCCGCCGUGGUGGUCUGGGAAUGGCUGAACGAGCACGGGCGCUGGCGGCCGUACAGCCCGGCUGUGUGUCAUCACAUCGAGGCGGUGAUCCGGAGCGGCCCGCGCUGCGCUAGUGUGGUCCUCGGCCAGGUGGACCCGCGCCUCUCGCCCUACAUCAUCGACCUGCAUUCCAUGCACCAGUUCCGUCAAGACACAGGUACGCUUCGAGCUGUACGGCGUAGCUUCUACGAUCCCAACUCGGCGCCCGGUCAAGGCUGGUUGUGGGAGUGGGAGAACGACGCCGGCAGCUGGACCGCGUACGACACGGAGGUGGGGAUCGCCAUCCAGGCAGCUUGUGACCGACAGCAGCCCUGGCUAGACCUGGCGCCACUUGGUUUCUGCUACCUCAUUGACUUUGAAAGCAUGACCCAAAUCAAUGGACAGACCCAGCGUUGCAGACGCAUCCAACGACGCUCUGACCUGGCUUACCCUCUUGUGUCCGGCCCCCUACCCAAAUCCCACCAUGCCUGGGGUUCCAUGUCCAUGUCCGGGCAUGGAGGAUUUCUAGGCGUUGACACAUCCGGUGUAGGUAUGGGGAUCAGGAUGAGCAGUGGUGGGACUGGAAACGGGAGUGCGUAUCCCAGCGGGGCGCUCCCUGCUUCAGCCAUCACCUCGUUGGGACAGCCCUGUGCCUGUCAGCAGUGUAUGCUGGUGCUUGGUGUCAAAACAGGUACUAUGGCAACUGCUCACACCCUGGGCCGAAGACCGCCGCAGACCAAACCACCCAGUCCCAAAUUUAGCAGUUAUCCGGUCCCAGGAGGCUCUUCUUACUCCCUAACCCUCCCUCGGCCUCCAUCCCUGUCCAGAUCCCUUUUCCCACACAGGACGUCUAUAGUUGGUGCUACAGGUGGUUUCAAUGUAGCCGGAAUGGGAAGUUCAGGAGGGUUGGGUGUUGUCGGUGCUAGCAGUGUGGGGAGUGCCACCCUCGGUCCUGGAGGGGGCUACACCCACUCCCUUUCCCUUCUGGGGUCGGCCACUGCCUCUCUCUCAAUCUCUUCUACUCGUCCCCCACCUCCUCCUCUCCCACCUCCUCCGCCACCGCCACCUCCACCUUCUUCCACCAUUCCUUCAUCCGCUGUGACCUCCCUCCCUCACCCCUCUACCUCCUCCUCUCUCUCCAUUACCUGCUCUGCUCCCGCGGCACCCGCCCCCGCCCCACCUCUCAUCUCCACAGCUGCCUCCACCUGCACGCCCUCACCUUCUGCCCGCGUUCUGGGUCCAGUGUCUUCAUCUGGUGCUGCUGCCUGCACUGCUCCUCUGCCGCCUCGGUCCAGCCUGGCAGGCCUGAGUCGUCCUGCUCUGCAGCGUAUCGCUAUGGCUCAGUCUCGGGCCCUUAUCGCUUCUGGAGUGCCAACAGUUCCGGUGAAGAACCUGAAUGGAUCCAGCCCUGUACAUCCUGCACUGGCAGGCAUCACAGGGAUCCUAAUGAGUGCAGCAGGACUUCCUGUUUGCCUGACCCGGCCUCCCAAGCUGGUGCUUCACCCUCCUCCCGUCAGCAAGAGUGACAUCAAACCUGUGCCGGGGCUGGGCCACUGCUGUCGCAAGACCACCAAGAAACAGGCCCGGAAAGGCAAGACACCUGAGGAAGUUGUGAAGCGCUACCUUCAGAAAGUCCGCAAUCUUCCAGAGGAGGACUGCACCAUCUGCAUGGAGCCCCUGGCGGGCCCCUCGGGCUACAAGGGUCCCGGCGUCAGCGGCAUCUCCCGGGCCGAGUCGGUGGGCCGCCUGGCACAGUGUGGUCACCAGUACCACCUCCAGUGCCUCGUCGCCAUGUACAACAACGGCAACAAGGACGGCAGCCUGCAGUGUCCCACCUGCAAGACCAUCUACGGGGUCAAGACCGGCAAUCAGCCCCCCGGCAAAAUGGAGUACCACGUCAUCCCCCACUCGCUGCCCGGACAUCCUGACUGCAAAACCAUCCGGAUCAUUUACAAUAUCCCUCCUGGCAUCCAGGGCCCUGAACACCCGAAUCCAGGCAAACCUUUCACUGCUCGUGGGUUCCCCAGACACUGCUACCUCCCUGACAGCGAGAAGGGCCGCAAGGUUUUGAGGCUGCUUCUGGUAGCAUGGGACCGCCGGCUCAUCUUCUCCGUGGGGACGUCCAGCACCACGGGCGAGUCGGACACGGUGAUCUGGAACGAGGUGCACCACAAGACGGAGUUCGGCUCCAACCUCACGGGCCACGGCUACCCCGACCCCGGCCAUCUGGACAACGUCCUGGAGGAGCUGCGGGCUCAGGGCAUCACCGAGGAGGAGUGUCUCCCCAGAGACUGAGUGGAGACAAUCAACAAACGCACAGCGGAACGCAGGACAAAACCGGGGGCUCGAGCGUGAAACACACAACUUUGGGGUGUCGUUUUUCUGACAAAGUGAACAGGUGGAAUGCAAACGUCGUGGUGUCCAAAACUGUUCAGAGAAACUUUGCAGGAAUAGUUUCAGCUUCUUAUGACUGCAUGAGUCAGUUUUGUCUGUCCUGAUGCAGUGAGACGUUUAAGGCCACUGUGCUCAUACAAGUAAAUGUUAGUUCAACUAAAAUCUGUCAUUUAUACUGUGAGACUUCAUAUCAAGAAUGUAUUAAAGUCUUUUUUUUUUCAGAAAAGAUGAUGGUGUUUACCACUGCUGCUAUGUGGGAUUAGGGGUGGUUGAGAACAAGACAGUUGUCUUUCCUUGUUGUCAGUGUUAGUUGACCAGCAGAAUCAACUUUUCAGUCCAGAUAAACGUAGAACCGGUUCCCCGAGCAUGGUUAUUUGGCGCCCUCUAGUGGUUUUUUUGUAGAACUACAUUCCUUUUUUUGUUUGAUUUUUACAACUUUACUUGAUACCUGGUUAUACAGUAUAUCCGUUUCAUUCAGUCAUGUUUUUAUAUUUUAAUAUUACGCCUUGUUUUGUAAGCUGUCUUUCAUUGCAUUGUUUUUAUUUAAUUUUUUGGUUGUUUUUUUUUGGUUUGGUGUGAGUGACUGGCUGAAACAGCCAAUUGAGAUAAGCCGCUGAUGAACAAGACUCUUGCCUGUCACUUCAUACGCCAGUCCCCUUAUUUACAAGCAGUCAUUAUCAGUAUUUUGUAUUCGACGAGGUCAAACACUGACAUUCCUUAAUCGUUUGGCCCUCAGAGCAUGGGUGCAUUUAAAAAGCUUUCUAUGUCUUGUUGUAUCUGCAUAAAUGUUUAAGACUGAUAGAGGAACUAUGGAUUAAACCCAUCUCCCCCCCACAGGAGUAAAUUCCCAAAAAGCAAGGAUUGGACCCCCUGCCUGAGCUCAGAUUUGCACAGCGCUUUCUACUUAGUAUUAAAAGAAAAAGAGACAGCUUGUAUCUACUGAUUUUCGUGUAGGACACACACCAGCAUCUAAUCACACUACAGAAUGUGGUCAUCAGUUGUUUUUCUCAUGUUCGGUUUUCCCCACGAGCAGAUGCAGAAGACUAUUGUGACGUGGACUCAUGUUUGACCAAAAGUGGUGCGGUCAGUUUGCAUUCAAAUCCACUGUGGACUGGUUUAUAUGAGGUAUGUUGAAAGUGAUGUAUUACAGUAUGUGUGGACGUACUCGUGUAGGCCAACAUUAAAAUCAUUUAUACUUUAUGAUACUUUAUGUAUGCACUGUGUAUGUAUGUGUUUUCUGUGCACAAUUUGCAUUAAACGUUUUUCUAAGGUUCAAAAAGAAAAGCGAACCUUAAUCUGGUUUAGUUUUGUUUUUAUCCAGUUAAGAUUACAUGGAAAAA